AUGCCCACGUCGACGACUGGUGCGAUGCAGAGUGCAGCCGACGGCGCAGGAGGCCACGCGGCCAUGAAGAAGCAGUGGCAGACGAACUUGGAGAUUGACCUGCUCAAGAACGCGUGGAUCCGCAAGGACCGCGAGCAGUACGGCGCGCACUCGACGCCUCCUCUAUCUGCCGCCAAAAGAGGCGGACGUGCGAGUUCACGUGCGACGCGAAUCGCUGCUAUUGCGACUUGCAGGGCCUUGUGA